UUCCUUGACACAGCAGUAAUUGCUUUCAAGCUGUUUUGGUCUUUCACUUGUACAAUGAGUUGCUCCCGACCCUGACCAUUAUCAACGAUCCUGCUCUGAUGGCACGUGUUCACCCCUUUUUGUCCGUCAACGAUCUCAUCAUGCCGAGGCUUAGCCAGGCCAUUCUAUCAUCUCCCGUUUUGAGGAGUAGAAUAUCAUGUGCAUAUCGAGUUCAGUCACUGAGUAGAUCGCUCCAGCGGGGCAUAGCUUCAAAAUCUAUAUCACCAAAAGUCGCCAAAACAAGAACCCAAUUUCCCGAACGUUUGCUUAUAUACCACGCUGGGACUGGUCGUACCGUCUUUCUCGGCUGCUUGAAAGUCACCACAAUCUUCAUCUUCUCAUUCUUCUCCCUGGUCUUUGCACCAACGCACUUUUAUGCUGAAGAACAACCAGUAUGGGUGGCUGGUGGUGUUUUGCUUUCUGGCAUCAUUCCAAUGUUAUCAGUGGCAUACAUGACGAGUCCAUUCGUCACUUACAUCCAUCUCCGGAUUCCACAGUUCGCUCGUAACUCACGAGAUAUGUUGAUGAGAUAUUCGAAGAAUUUGUCCAAGGACGCGGAAUUGGACAUCACAACUAUGAACUUCAUCGGCAAACCAAGAGUUGCACGUGUGAAAGUGGCAGAGCUCUAUCCUUGCAAUAAGAGAUUCGGAUUGGCCAACUAUGAGAGAGAUACAGAAAAAGCAAAUUCAAAAAGACCGUUCUGGAUGGGAAAAGCGGUUGGGCUGUUUGGUGUGCAUAAUACGAAGAGUAAUGUGAAGGAAGGUCAGGUGUGGGAGAAUGUCAAAGCUGCUAUUGAGAAGAAUCGAACAUGAUGGUGAUUACACCAAGAUCACGGC